CAAAAAUUGUUGCUGAUUUUUUCAAGAUUAUCAACAUUAAUAAUCGAUCUUGAGUCGGUAGGCGUAUUUUUCAGAUCAAUGGUUUUAGGAACAGAUUUUGUCCUCACGCCGAGUUUCCCUAGUCCCUACUAAUAGACCCAUACGAAGCAUAACUCGUAGUCUCAGUACCCCUCACAGUUGCGCGUUAGGUUGCAACAGGAUUUGGUUUGACUUGUCCCAACACGAAGAAAGAAAAUUUCAGUGAUACUUCCGGUGCUAAUAAGUUCAUCAGGUACCUACCAAGAUGUUACCUAGAAACAACCCAGUUUACGUGAAACCGGGGGCAUAGGCUCCAUUUAAAUCAAAUCUUCCACACUUUCAGAGCGUGAACCAUAGAAACACAUACUAGCAAUAUUGUUGCAUCAGAAAGAUGGUUUUCAAAUUUUACACCAUUGAUCUCACUGAGGAUGUCGAUGUUUCUAAUCUGUUUUCGACGCCUACUUCUCCGUCAUCCACCGUUUGCCUUCCAGUUGGCAAGAGCUUCACCAGAGCUUUCGCGGUUGCGGGCAGAGUUGCUGAAGGCGCUUCUCUUGGGUUCAUUGCCCCUGCCGUCGAGGUUUCUUGUUGGAGGCCGAAGCAAUCCUCCGACGACUCGAAUCUCCAAUUGCUUCGGCCUCAGGUACAGCUUCGAAAAUUUACUUACCAGGAACUGCAAGUCGCGACUGACAAUUUCAGCGAAGAGAAUGUUUUGGGCCAAGGUGGGUUUGGUAAGGUCUACAGAGGAAUUUUGCUUCUUGGUUCUCUGGUGGCAUUAAAAAGAUGUACCCAUCUAUCUGGCGAUGCUGCAGUGCAGGUUCAUGCUGAAGUGAAGGUUGGGAGUAUGGCCAGGCACCGUGACGCAGAGAGAAAGUCAUUUACUGACAAAUCGCCCCACGUCUCGCUUCAGUUGAGGCCAAUAGUACCGCUCCUCCACCAAGGUUAUAGUUUUAUCUCGCCCCAAAUGUCCGCCGAGAGUACUACCAUAAAGCUCUCGAAUGAGUUGUUCACGUAA